AUGGCGUCACAACCAGCUCUAUUUACAGCUACCCGCACUCAGACACUCACAUAUCUGCUUGCCGUCUGUCCAUUCUCCAUUGCCUUUUUGGUCUUCGUCAAUUCAUCUGUUUCGUUCGUUGUCACUGAAUUGAUUGGACUACACGAUGGUGAAGGAGACGCUGUUGGCACCUUAGGAUUCGCUGAUGAACUCCUCGCGCUGGCCGCGUGCCCUUUAUGGGGAGUGCUUUCUGAUCGUGUAGGCGUCCGCAAUGUUUGCGUCAUCGGCUACGGCAUCAUAGCCGUAUCGCUGGUCGUGUUCGUGCAAUCAAGAAAUGUCUACCCUCAGCUGCUACUGGGAAGGUUAUUCUUCAGCCUUGGAGGCUCUGCAGUCUCGACCAUGGUGACAGCGGUCUUACCUGCCGUGGCCGGACGGACUUCAAGCGAGCAUCUGCGUCUCAGGGAAGAAUCCCAGACUGAGGCGAAGUCUCCUUCCUCUAGGCUAGCCGGAUUUGUGGGCAUGUGCGCUGGCGGCGGCGCCCUCAUAGCUCUGGCCAUUUUUCUUCCUCUACCCGCUCGUUUUCAGAGCUGGGGUUACUCUCCCCCGGAAGCCAUCCAGUACAGUUACUACUUGGUUGCUUCGGUGGCGCUUCUGGUCAGCUUCUGCUGCCUGAUAGGUCUCAGGGGUCUUGCAAGCGAAGAAGAAAAGGGAUGGUACUUAUUGUGGGCCUCCCCCAAGACAUCUGUGUCCGAGAUCGACCGGCUAGACUUGAGCAAAGGAGUGAUACAAUUAACGUACCUCGAUCAACUUGGUACAGCACUUUACUUAGGGCUACGAAACCGGGACAUAUUCCUCGGUUAUCUGGGAGGUCUUGUUGCACGCGCCUCAUCUGUUGGCAUUUCAUUGUUUAUUCCCCUUUUUGUCAACCACUACUAUCGGCGAUCUGGCCUAUGUGGUCAUGAGCAGGGCGAGGUGCUAGAAUCGAUACCGAGAGAUAUCAAACAAACAUGCCGCAAAGCCUACAUCUUGGCUUCCAUCUUGACCGGCGUCUCUCAGCUAGUUGCUCUGAUCGCGGCACCGGCGUUUGGGUAUCUGCCAGAACGAUCGCGACGGUACCAUGCACCGCUUCUGUUCGCAUCUUUGGCUGGUAUUCUUGGCUAUACUGUGUUUGCGCUGUUGCCUAGUCCUCAAUAUAGCGGAUCGGACGGCAGUGCAGGUGUCUUCGUUCUAAUGGGUCUGAUCGGUAUCAGCCAGAUCGGGGCCAUUGUCUGCAGCCUGGCGGUCUUGAGCAAUGGUAUCCUCAGUAUCAGUCUUGAUUCUGACGGCUCAGAGAUAUUUCACACAGAAGAGGGUCCCGUUAGUACUGCGACUAACCAGGGAAACCAAGACGUCGACGAGCAUCAGCCCUUGCUGCAGAGAUCUACGCGUCACAGGGGUCACCAGUUGUCCCACCUGAAGGGAUCAAUUGCUGGUGUUUAUUCCCUGUAUGGAGGGGCGGGAAUAUUGUUUCUAACCAAGCUUGGAGGUCUACUGUUCGAUGAUCUGUCUCCAGGAAGUCCGUUCUAUAUAAUGGCCGGCUUCAAUGCUGUACUGCUUCUUGCAGGGAUCGCCACUGGCGCAAUGAGCUAUUCGAAAAAGUCUGCCCGCCGUGCUGAGGCUUAG